AUGCCAUCCUCGGAUUUAAGCGACGGUGAAUUACGAAGACGCGCUACGUCGACCAUAUACCGAGAAAACAAAACCCUCCGCAUCCGUGAACAUCUGCCGCCAGAGCCAUUCACGGGCGACUACGGGCCUAGUCCCCGUCCUGAAGUCGACUGGUCCCCAUGGCAAGACGUACCCUAUUGGCAAAUCGACCGUGUUGAAUUCGCCCUUGCCAACCCGCCCAUUGAGACGGAGCCCCCGACCGGCCCUGAACGGACAUUAACCAUCGGCCGGACCCUGACGCGGCCGUCCCGUGGCGGUAUCAGUGUUGUCACUUGCUUCCUCGAUGGGGACCGGUCGGUCGAGUACGUGGCCAAAAUUUACGAUGGCGUCGACUACCUCUUGAGCGCCUGGGACGAUGGAACUGAAUAUGAAGGCAAAGGAGGUCACCUUGAUUGCAUGAAAUGGGCAGACAGGGACUACAGCAUUGAGGCUUGGGCCUAUAGGACCAUGCUGCCAGUGAUUGGGAAUACUGGAAUUGUGCCUGCCUACCACGGGUCGUGGACCUUCGCGCUCCAGACCGACCAGCCGGGCCGGCAGCGAUGGGUUCGCAUGAUCUUGAUCGAACUCGUCCAGGGCGAAUGCAUGCUGGAUCUUAUGAACCGGGGGGAAAAGGAGCCCGGCAGCGGAAAGAUGGAUUACGCCCUCCUGCCGCCAGAGGAGUUCCGCCUCCGCGUCCUCCAGAACAUACUCGAGGCCGAAGUUACCAUCUGGAGGGAGACUGCGGUACUUCACAACGAUAUCGAGCCGCGGAACAUCAUGGUCAAGCCCGAUGGCAACAUCGUCAUCAUCGACUUCAACCAAGCCACUAUCUACGACUUCAUCCUUUACGACCUCAAGCACCCAAAGGAUACGGAUCCCGAUUCCCUCCCCUUGACGCCUAUCGAGUGGCAUUGGCCCCUCCCGAAAAGCUUCGACAAGUGGGCGAGGUGGGUUCCCGAGAAAUGGCUCGAGGACAAGGAACUGAGCGCCGAGUGGCUGAUCUUAACGUACCGAGGCUCGCCGCGCUUCGAGCCAGCCAGCGCCGGUUUCCUGGACCACCCUGUCCACCUACGCCGGAGCAAACGGGUUCAGAAGUUGCUGGAAGGCCUGGGCCGCAAACCUGGCUGA